AUGGGCGGAAUGGGUGGAGGAGGAAUGGGGGGAAUGGGCGGAGGAAUGGGUGGAAUGGGUGGAGGAGGAGGAAUGGGUGGAAUGGGUGGAGGAGGAGGCAUGGGGGGAAUGGGUGGUGGAAUGGGGGGAAUGGGCGGAGGAAUGGGGGGAAUGAGCGGAGGAGGAAUAGGAGCAGGAAUGGGAAUGAGUGGAGGUAUAGGAUCCAGAGCUGGCGAACCCUACCGCCUGGCCACCCACGACAGUCCCUCCUCCCCCCGACACAUGCAGUCAGGACAGAGCCCGGGCUCCGGUCAUGGAAUGGGUCACAGUCCAGCGGGGUCCGGCAUGGGCGUCCACGGCCAAAGUCCCGGUCAACACGCGUCUCGUCGAAACCUUCAAGUCGACUUCAGCGGAUCGGGCGGCUCCAGAACAGGCCGGUCCCCGUCAGUGUCUCCGGACCGCAGCGUGACCCCCACCUCGCCGUACUCGUUACCGCAGAUCGCACCGAUGCCGAGCAGCAAACUGUGCCCCGUGUGCACCACCACGGAGCUGUCCAACCCACCGGCCGUUCCCAACUACAACACCUGCACCCAGUGUAAGGCCACCGUCUGUAACCAGUGUGGAUUCAACCCCAACCCACACCUCACCGAGGUCCAGGAGUGGUUAUGUCUGAACUGUCAGAUGCAGAGGGCUCUUGGCAUUGAUAUGACCACGCCUCGUUCUAAGAGCCAACAGCAGAUUCAUUCGCCGUCGCACCAAGCCAAGCCCAUUGUCCAGCCUCAGCAGCCCCCUCCUCAGCCAACACAGCCGGCAGCAGCAGCACAGGCAAAACCGCUGGCCCAGAGUCAGCAGCCCCCCCAGAGGCAACAGCAGCAGCAGCAGCCCUACGCCCAGACCCACCCACAGGCCCACCACCAGGCCCACCCCCAGACCCACCACCAAGCCCACAGUCAGGCCCACCCCCAGACCCAGCCUCAGUACCCCCAGUCCCAGCCCUACUCCCAGCAGUACCCCCAGACCCAGCCCCAUCAGCAGUACCCUCCGGCCCAGCAGGGACUCCAGGCUCAGCAGAGACACCAAGGUCCUGGCGGCCCCCAAACCCAGAUCGGGCCCUCUCAGCAGGGAAUGAGGUCCGACCCUUACUCCCAGAGAGGUCCUGGAGCUCAAGCAGGUCCUACAGCAGGUUCCACCCAGCCCGGGGGUCCACGGAUCCCCCACCCCGGCGCCGUGCCUCUUCCUGGCUUGACCAAGGCGCCGUCCCAGCCCGAUUUGGGUCGUGGUUCUCCGAUGCACCAGCCCAUGGGACGGCAGCAUGACCAGACUAGAAGCGCCGGUUCGUCCCCCGCCCACCGGCCCCAGAGCCAGCCCCCUCCGGCCCAGGACGGCCUCACCAAACUGUUUGGCUUCGGGGCGUCGCUGCUCAAUCAGGCCAGUACCCUGAUCAACGUGGACCCCCUGCCCACGGCCUCGACCCAGCCGAGUCCUGCACGAGGGAAGGUGGUCUUCAGCAAUGCAGGUCCGGAGAACAGGCAGCAGCAGCAGCAGCAAGGGGCCCCUGGCACCAAACCGUUCGGGAUGGGGGGCCCUCACGCUCCGACUCAAAUGGGUGGUCCUCAUGCGCCAAGCCAAAUGGGAGGCCCCUACCCACCGAGCCAAAUGGGGGGCCCUCAUGCACCGACCCAGAUGGGGGGUCCCCAAAGCGGUGGCCCUCAUGCACCGCAACAGAAACAGCAGACAACUCCCCACCAACAGGGGGCGCCGCAGCAGUCGCCUGUGCAUCAUCAAAAAGGGCCACAACAACAACCGCAAACUCCUGCACACGUGCAGAAAGGGCCUCAGAAGCAGGAGCCCGUGGCCCCCCCGGUGGCCCCUCCGGAGCCUGAGAAACCCAAAGUGAACUGUCCUCUGUGUAAAACGGAGCUGAACAUCGGCAGCUCUGAACCGCCAAACUACAACACCUGUACACAGUGUCACAGCCAAGUGUGUAACCUGUGUGGCUUCAACCCCACGCCCCACCUGGUGGAGAAGAAGGAGUGGUUAUGUCUCAACUGUCAGACCCAGCGGCUGAUGUCCGGCGGCGGCCUGGACGAGCCUCCACUUCCUGUCCCCCACCCGUCUCCCAAACACCAGCCCAUGGGCUCACCCCGUCACCAGGCGCCAACCGGGUCCGGCCCACAGUCCAGCCCCGUGCACAAGGCCGCCGCCCAGCAGGGGCCCAAACCCCCCCAGACCCAGAAAGCCACGACCCCAGGGUCAGGAACCGGCACCGGAACGCCCACCCCCACCGCCGCCAAACAGCCGACGGACGUCAAGACGCCGGUGCCGGAGACGCAGAAACAACCGAAAGAAGAAAAAGCCAAGACGGAACCGGAGACCCAGACCACCAAAGAGACCAAGACGUCGCAGAAGAAAGGAGAACAGAUCACACCCAUCAAGGAGAUCAAGAAGUCCAGGCACUAUGAUGACACAAAGAACAACAGCACUCAAGAUUUGUCACGAAGCCCUCAGAGCCUCAGCGACACCGGAUACUCGUCCGACGGCAUCUCCAGCUCCCACAGCGAAAUCACAGGUCUGAUCCAAGAAGAGGAGAUGAAGCUGAGCGAGAGGGGCAUCAGCGGCCGGGGUUCGCCGCCCAGCCCCUCGGAAAUCACCAAACUGGAAAGCUCUAUGAGGCCGUUGCUGGAGAAGAGCCUCUCUGAAGAGAAGCCGGACAGAAGGGGCAGAAAACACCGAGACAGGGACUUGGACGACAGGGGGAAGCAACGUCCACGCUCCCUGUCGAUCCCACCGGACGCAUACGACUCCGACGAGGAACUGGAGGACAUCCUGGAGGAGGAAGAGGAUGGAGGAGACUGGGAGAGCAAGAGGAAGGAAGGAAAAGAGGAGAAGAAGGAGAAGAAAAAGAAAGAGAAAGAAGUCGAGCCCACAGAGAUGACCGACGAAGAAUUCAUGAGGAGGCAGAUAAUGGAGAUGAGCGCUGACGAAGACAACGAGGAAGAAGAGGAGGAGGAGAUGGAGGAAGACGACGAGGAAGACGAAGGAUACGGCUACCAGAAACCUAAGAAAAGCCACCAUAAGCACAUCAUCUCGGACUCAGGGAAAGAAAAGAGGCGGCUUCAGCAUCACUCCAGCAGUUUUGAGGAGGAAACGAAGAGCUCCACAGAUGUUUACAAGGGCUCCGUGGAAGAGGGUGAGGAAGAUGUGAUGGCAUCGCAAGGAGGCCUGAGGCGCUUCAAAACCAUUGAACUCAACAACACCAACAGCUACAGCCGAGACAUGGAGUUGAGCAACGAAAAUGACUUGAGUCUGGACCGGGAACCAGAACUGGAGAUGGAGAGUCUGACCGGAUCUCCCGAAGAACGUUCCAGAGGUGACUACUCCUCCACUCUGCCUCCCACUUCUUCCUCAUACGGCUCAGGCCAAUCUCCAACCUCCAUCUCCUCCAUGGAAGAGGACAGCGACAGCAGCCCCAGCCGGAGGCAACGUCUGGAAGAGGCCAAGCAGCAAAGGAAAGCCCGGCAUCGCUCCCAUGGCCCACUCCUUCCCACCAUCGAAGAUUCAUCUGAAGAGGAUGAGCUCCGAGAGGAAGAGGAGCUUCUGAGGGAGCAGGAGAAGAUGAGGGAGGUGGAACAGCAGAGGAUCAGGAGCACAGCUCGAAAAACCAAGAGGGAUAAAGAGGAGCUGAGGGCCCAGAGGCGUCGAGAGAGGUCCAAGACACCACCAAGCAACCUUUCGCCUAUUGAGGAUGCUUCCCCAACAGAGGAGCUCAGGCAAGCGGCAGAAAUGGAGGAACUCCAUCGAUCAUCUGCCUCUGAAUACUCGCCUCAGAGUCUGGACUCAGAGGCUGAAGGAUAUGAGUCUAAACUCUACAAGUCUGGCAGCGAGUACAACCUGCCUACCUUCAUGUCCCUGUACUCCCCAAUAGAGAAAUCAUCAACUACAACAACCACAACAGCGCCGUCGUCAACUUCCAAACCACUGAAGAGCGCAGAAGAGGUGUAUGAGGAGAUGAUGAGGAAGGCUGAGAUGCUUCAGAAACAACAGAAGCAACAGCAACAGCAGCAGCAACAUAUACGACACGGCCAGUACUACGAGGAAGACGUUAACGGACAAGGCUAUGACGACGAUUAUGACUAUGACCAAGACCAAACAGGUUAUGACAACGAGGCUGCAGAGACAGAAACGGACAUUUAUGAGGAGAUCCGUCAGACUUCUCAGAACAUCACCAAAAUGCAGCAGGCAACUGACGAGCAAGUAGAGAUUGAGAUUGAAAGCUCAUACCCGGACAAGCAGCUCCUGGACACCGGAUCAGCCUUUGCUAAGCUACUCGAGCAAAGCAAUGCUCUUCUGACUCCAGGAACCAGUCCGACUCAGAUCUCAGCACCGGUCUCCUUCGCUGAGACAGGAGGGCGGAUCCCUGACGUUCGAGUAACGCAACAUUUCUCUGCAAAGGACGGACAUAAAGACAGGAUAAAGAGCCAAGCAGGAAAGAAUGGGAUCACUCCAACUGUAGCUGCCACCACCAUCGCAGCUUAUGGCGUCUACGCCAGAGAUGCAGUCACCAUUUCCCAGACAAGCUCAAGCCACACUAUGACAUCUACACAGUCUUCGAUAUAUGGCCGACAGAGGGAUGGUACUCCCACAUCCUCUGCUACAGUUUCAAGUGUCUGCAGCAAAAUUGCAGAGAUUACCCAAGCUUACAGCCAAAGGGAGGUGAUCACCAGAAGGAUUGGGGAAACAAGAGGAGUCCAAGUGCGAGACAGUUCAACAUCUUCUGCGGAAAGAAUCAUUGAGCCACGUUCUCCAAAGUAUACAACUUACUACAGGAGCACCAGUCCUCCUCUUUCUCCAUCACCGCCACCGCAGAGUCCCACCCGUUCACCCUCUAGACGGGCCACAGCUGAGUUUUCUACACAAACGUUCAGUUCAGCUUUGCGCAUGGACUCCACUUCAGCUGGUUCUGGGCCAACAUCUCCGGUGAUGGCUCAGGGAACUCAAACAUCACAUCGAUCGAUAUCUCCUCGGCUCUAUCGCCAACAGUCUUCCCAAGAAACACCAUACUCCCCACCUGCAAGCCCGGCUAGGCCAAUGACUGUAAACACUGCUACGUCUCCUCUGUCUUCACCGACCCGAUUCAGUCGGCAAUCGACAUUUGAAACAUACUCUCCCUGUGGCAGCCCACCAGACACGCCACCAUAUCAGCAAUCUCCAACACGCAGCUUCUACCGAACACAACGAGUGGAGAAAGUCAAUGUUGGAACAAGUAUGAUCACCACAGCCAGCACUUAUACAAGGGGCUCAAUGUCAAUGGACAACAUCUCCCUUUGCCGCAUAUCCACGGUCCCAGGCACCUCGAGGGUGGAGCAGGGCCAGAUGAUACAAGGUGGAAGUGUUGUGGACCUCAGAACAGUUACUAAACCUGCUCCGAUUAUCAUAACUGACCAGGGGAUGGAUCUCACCUCUUUGGCCACUGAAAGCAGGAAAUAUCAUGGUGGACCAGAGGGGAGCAGACAUUCAACAAUUGUACAACCACUGAUUAUGAAUCUGAAUGCCCAGGAGACCACCACACCGACCACUGUGAGUGUCACUGUGGCAGCCUCCAUGUUCAUGACCCAGCCCAAACAACCAACCGUCUACGGAGAUCCACUUCAAAACCGUGUGGAUCUCGGUCAGGGCAUGGGCUCAGCUGUGUGUCUUUCUCAGAACAAACCACCUCCGACUGAUCCUACAAUCCCUAAAAUUGAUGCCAAACUGGAGGAUCUCAGUAUCCAGCAGAGAGAACUCCAAAAACAACAAGAGAAGUUGCAGAAGCAACAAGAGUUGCUAGAGCAACAGUUGCAGCAGCACCACCACAUGCAACAGCAGCAGCAACAGGUAACUGCUUUGGGAAGGUACAACCUCACCGGCCAGAUCUCCCCUUUGCAAAAGGACUUGAUUGUGAGCCAGACCAGCACAGCUUCAGCGGUGGUCAGCGCUGUGUCACCUGUUAUUAACCCAGACCUGUAUGGAACUGGUCCUGUUGAGCUGAAAGGGAAAACUAGUCCUCCUGGUUUGAUGCCUGGGGGUAAAUCGCCACACAGCAUGGUAGUCCAGAUGGACUCAGGACCAGAGCAGGCCAGAACUGUGACCCAGUUAGUGAAGGUAGAAGAAGGGCAGGAUGCCAUGGAUCUGACUGGAGGCCAGAUCAAACCUGACAACCAACCAGCUUGUUGUGAUGUUGUUUACCGACUUCCAUUUGGUGGAAGCUGUGUCGGUACAUCGGAGCAAGAAGGCAUAAGACCUCCUUCUGCUCCACCUCUUACAUACGAGUCAGACACAGAAAGACAUCCUGGAAGGUACCAUGAGUAUCCAAUGGAUGGACGUAAGGCCUACACGCUGCCAUACCCUGGCAGGCUUCAGCCUUCGAUGUCCGAUACAAACCUGGCUGAAGCCGGGCUACAAUCCUACCACUCCAAGUUGGAACCACAUCUUCAGCCGACAGGAGACCUUGUAGAUCUAACUGGAAUGAAACAAGGCUAUGGAGGAUAUAUGUAUGGCUCUUACACAGAUUUACGGCAUGGAGGAGACAUUGCAGCUCAAACGUUGCCUAUAAGGAGAUAUAACUCCUUGUCUAACAUCAGUUCAGAUUAUGGAUACACUGCUCGAGACAUUGCUAACUUCCAGGAGGCUAAUCUGGCUCAAUAUAGUGCUACGACAGCCAGAGAGAUCAGCCGCAUGUGUGCAGCACUCAAUUCUAUGGAUCGCUAUGGAAGCAACCCAGACUUGAUGCAGUAUGGCAGCUUGGGUAGACCAGCAGCACCUGGGACCCCUAGAUUUGCAGCAGGUCUUGGAAUGAGAUCAAACCUUCUCUUUGGACUCGACGGAAAGCCAAUCUCCCACAACCAAGCUCUAACCAAUCUGAUCAAUGCGAGACAGGCCAGUCUUAGAGCAAUGUACCCUGCUGCUAUCAGGUCCUCUGAUGGCAUGAUCUACUCCACCAUCCAAACGCCAAUUGCCUCCACGCUUCCCAUCACCACUCAGCCUGCAUCUGUGCUCCGCCCACUGCUGAGAGGAGUCUACAGGCCCUACCCCUCCGCUAACAUGACACCUGUGCCCCUAUCGAGUCUCAGCCGACUGCCAAUGAGCCCCAGGAUGCCUCUGUCUGGACCAGCUCCAGUCCGUUAUCCGGCACCAGGACUUCUGCAGACAACAUCGGCCACUGCCACGACACCGGCUGCUGCAACAACAUCUGCACCAGUCAGUGCACCCGUGUCUGUCGCCAUGACAACUUCUAGCGCUGUAGUCCAAGAUGAACCAGUCUACCUUGGUAAAGGCGCCACAGUGACGUCCGCUGAGGUGACAACCGCUCCAGGAACAGUUGUGAUCCCAACAGAACCGCAGCAGCAGCCGAUAAACCUGUCGCAGGCUCACCUCAACAGCCAACAGCAACAAGUAACGAGCGCCCAGCAGCCGCCUCCAGCAGCCCACGCCUACCCACUUUCAGCUGCCGCCAGCACGCUCGGCUACACCCAGCCUCCAGUCGGCCCUUCUGCCCCUUCCAGCGGCGUUCCCAUUCCAGGUGGUCUUCCUCCGUUCCCUCCUCCGGGCGCCAUACACAAGGAGGGUGAAACUGAGGCAGAAAGGCUGCACCGGCAGCAGGAGCAGCUCCUCCAGAUGGAGAGGGAACGCGUAGAGCUGGAGAAACUCCGCCAGCUUCGGCUGCACGAGGAGCUGGAGCGAGAAAGGAUGGAGCUGAAGUUUCACAGGGAGAAGGAGCAGAUUCUGGUGCAGAGGGAGUUACAGGAGCUGCAGAACAUCAAGGAACAGAACAAGCAGUUGAAAAUCUUUCAAGUUAACUCUGUUAAACAGGUUUUACAGCAACAGCAGCAAGAACGAGAGAAACAACUUGUUCUGCAGAGAGAGCAGCUGGCCCAGCAGAAGUCUCAGCUUGACCAGAUCCAGUCUCUGCAGCAGCAGCUCCAGCAGCAGCUUGAGGAGCAGAAGAGGCAGAAAACCGCCGCAGCUGCCGCCGCCGCUCAGGGCGUUCAGCUGGACGUUAGCGGACAGCCUCUCCACCCGUACGUCGACUCUCACAUGGGUUCACGGUCUCUUCCCAACUCGUCGUCGGAGAUCUGCCUUCGGAGCCAGGACGAGCACAUGGAGACCAGGACUAACAUGAGGAAACACAGCUCCAUGACCAGGCUGAGCAGGGACAGUCUGGACGGGGACGGGGUGGUCUUCUACGGAUCCCCCCGCCGCAUCGUGGACAGCUGUGUGCAGACGGACGACGAGGACGGAGAGGAGAGGUACAUGAUGCGUCACCGCAGCAGGAGGCGGGGCCGCAGUGUCGACUGCUCAGUCCAGACCGAUGAUGACGAGGACAAGGCUGAGACGGAGCAGCCGGUCCGACGAAGACGCUCCAGAUUCUCCCGACACGCCGAGUCCAGCGGCGCCGUCAGCAGCAGCGCCACCGCUGCCACCGCAUCUACCGACACCAAAACCGACCCGUCCAAGAUGGUGUCGUCCAGCAUCGCCAUCCAGACCAUCAGGGAAAUGUCCUGCCAGACCGAGGUGGAGCACCUAGGACGAGUGUCCCCGGCGAUCCACGUCACGGUCCCGGACCCCAAUAAAGUGGAGAUCGUGCAUUACAUCUCCGGACCUGAGCGGACCCAGAAGGGACAGUCUCUGGCCUGUCAGACGGACCCGGAGGCCCAGUCUCAGGGCGUCGUGGCCCCCCAGCUCAGCGUGCCCACCACGGUCAGCCCGUACUCCUCCAGCGCCGGGACCCAGCAGUCCGGUUCUGCCGACCUCCUGACCCACCAGCGCCAGCAGCAGAUUGCCGCCAACGCCGCCAAGUUCGAACGCCGCCGCCCCGACCCGCUCGACAUCAACUACCAGCCUCACAACCACCUCCACAACGAGUCCAUCUCCAGCAUCAUCCGGCAGCAGCAGCAGCAGCCCAAGUCGCCCCAGGUCCUGUACUCGCCGGUGAGCCCGGUGUCCCCCCACCGCCUGCUGGAGACCUCCCUGUCCAGCGAGAGGCUCAACAAGGCCCACGUCACGCCUCAGCAGAAGUCGUACACCGCCGAGUCGCCGCAGAGACACCCGUCGGUGCCCAGACCCAUCAAGAGCACCCAGAGGUCCAUGUCAGACCCCAAACCCCUGAGCCCCACCACGGACGAGCACACCAAGGCCAGGCUGACCCUGUACCAACAACAAGCGCUCCAGAGCCAGUUGGCCGCCCUGCAGCAGAGCUCUCUGCUCCGUAAGGUCAAGCGGACCCUGCCCAGUCCUCCUCCGGAUGAGACCGUCACCUCAGCGCACCUGCCCAUGAUGACGCCCGCCCUCCAACAGGUCUACCUGCCCUCCGUGCCCAGCCUCAAGCCCAGCUCUAGAUCUGGACUGGCAGCCAAAGCCAGCCUCCUCAAAGACCUCACCCAUGAGCUGAAGGCCGUGGAGCAAGAGUCGACCAAGCUGAGAAAACAACAGGCUGAACUGGAGGAAGAAGAAAAAGAGAUUGACGCUAAACUCCGAUACCUUGAGCUGGGGAUCCACCAAAGGAAAGAGACUCUGGUGAAGGAGAGGGAGAGGAGGGAUAUCGCCUACCUCAGGUGUAUGGGGGACACUAGGGACUACAUGUCUGACAGUGAGUUGAAUAAUCUCCGUUUAGCAGCUGCAGCUGCGUCACAUGAAACCAAUGGGCUCCUAACAACCAGGCCCAGCACGGCCCCCCUCAGCCAGUUUACCAGUGACCUGAACACAGCGGCCCAGUACCCCCCCACCUCAUCCUUCCUGUCUUGUCAGUACCCCCAGAGCCAGCCAGUAGCACCGGCUCAACCGUCCAGUGUGCCGUACCAGUCUUCAACCUUCAACCAGCCUCCCUAUCCAACAGUGUCCCAGUCUCAGGCUCUGCCCCAGCCCACGCCCCUCCAGAGCCACGGCCUCCCUCCUGGACCCUCCUACCAGUCUCAAACCUCUUAUCCUUCCCAUACUUACCCCCAAACCCAGCCCCCAUACCCCCAGACAGACCUGGGGUUACCAGCUGCACCUCAGCCCCAGCCCCAGCCAGGGCACACCGGCUUCGCGCCUGCGCCACCUGGUCAGCCACCAUACCCCACCCACAGCUCACCCUAUCCCAGUGCUGUGUCCUCCUACCCCAGCCAGACCACCCCGUAUCCUGGGCAGCCCCAAGCUGACAUCCUGACAGUCCACCCGGGUAGACCCAGGCAGACUUCACUAGCCGAUUUAGAGCACAAGAUGCCCACCAACUACGAGACCAUCAGUAACCCCACAGUAGUCGUCACCACCACUGCUCAGGACGCCACCUACUCUAGUGCAGCAGCGUCGUACGGACAGUACACCGGAACAACAACCAUGGCCAGCUCAUACGGACCCUAUGGCUCAGCGCCGGUGUCUAGCAGCUAUGGCGGGUACUCUACUAUGCCAGCCAGCACUUACGGCCAGUACACUUCAACUUCAGCUAGUUCAUAUGGCCAGUACACCACCACCACAGCUAACACUUACGGCUACACCACCACUACAGCCAGCUCCUACGGACAGUACACGUCCACCGUCUCCUACGGGCAUUCUGUCGACAGUCCAUCCACCUACAGCACUGCGGACGCCAUGUACGGGGCUCCGGGCUUAGAGCAAAACAUCCCAAGGAACUACAUGAUGAUUGAUGACGUGAGCGAGCUGACGGCAAAAGACGGGCUGGGCACGACGACAGGGGACAUGAUGCAUCAUGGCGGCAGUGGGCGUUACCCGGGCGACAUCCAUGGCCACAGCGGCACGACGCGUGGGGGAACUGGCAGUUCCUCCUACGGCAGGGCACCAGAGGAGGAAGCAGCGAUGCAGGAAGAGCUGUACGACCACCACGGCAGGGGUAAGAGCAGCUACAGGCACGGACCUCUAGGGGGCAGCAGCAGCAGCGUGAGCGCUAGCAUGGGUGGGGGAUUCUCCUAUUACUAUGACUACGACUACAAACACGGCAGCUUCCGCUCCGGGGUACAGAAACCUUCGGUGUCUUCCAGAAGCCUCCUGGCUCCUGCAGUCAUGUCCUCCAAGCGCAGCAAGCACCGGAAGCUGGGGGCCAUGGAGCAGAAAAUCUCCAAGUUCUCCCCCAUCGAGGAGGCUCGGGACGUGGAGGCAGACCUGGCCGCCUACUCCACAGUGGCUGGGGGGACGUACCCCUCCUCCCAGAUCCGAGGGCGCCAGCUGAUCGAGGACUACGGCUUCAAGAGGAGCACUUACGAGGGCGGCACCGGUCACGGUGGUCGACACUACAUCGAGGAGGACGAUCGCAUUUACUACACCUCCACCGGCCGCUCCCGUUCCCAUGGUUACGGCAUGGACAAGAUCUCAUCCAGGGACUACUCUGGGUACCGCAGCCGAUCCUACGAACGGGAUGACCGCUCCUACCGAUCUGGCUACAGCCGGGGACGCCACCCGACCCGGCAGUACUCUGAAGAGGAGAGUCCACUCAGUCCCCUGGGGAGGUUUAUGGGUUCUGGGCGAUCCUCAAGCUUAGGUCCCGACCCGUACGACAGUCGCAGCAGUAGAUAUCAUUACUAUUACGGCCAGUAUGGUUCCAGCCACUCGCUGCCAGACGUACAAGACCAUAUACGGGACCUUCCUCGGACUCAUGUCUACAAAUCGGAUGAUACGUACAUUAUUGACGAUUAUCAUUGCGCUGUGUCAGACAGCGAAGCCUACCAUCUGGGCCAGGAAGAGACCGACUGGUUUGAGAAGCCGCGCUCCAGCUCUCGACAUUAUGGCAGCCACUCGUCCGGGAGGAGUCGACACGUCAAACACACCUACCACGAUUACGACGAACCCCCCGAGGAGGACCUGUGGCCGCAGGACGAGUACGGCCACGGGCGACACUCCUCGUCCCGUGACCACCGGCAUCACGGCAGCUCCAGCCGCCACUCGUCCUCGUCGCGUCACUCGGACGAGCCCAGGUCCUCGAGGUCGUCUAAAGGACACCCCAAAGACCCGUCCAUGCGCCACGACCCAUCUGGGAGGUCUUCCUCCUCGGGACGACGCGGCGAAUCUCGGUCCGGAGGAUACCACUCUUCAGAGUACUCCCGGGAUCCGUCCGGACACCACCAUGGCCAGCGGUCCUCCAGGCAGGGAGACCCCCACCGGUCCUCACGCAGCAAGUCCCAGCAGCAAGUGGACAUGCAGGGACAACCAGGCUCCUCCCGCUCCGGUGGCAGCUCUGCCAGGGGUCAGGGCCCGGCUGGUGGUCCUCCAGGAUCUGGACGUCAGGGCGGUCCGGGUUCCCAGACCGACGGGGGUCCGGGACAGAGGACGCAGCUCCAACAGCAGGCCCAGACGGCGGCGGCCCGACCCGGACAGCCCGGAGCCGCCACCGCCGCCACCGGACCCCAGCAGCAGCCCACCACCCAGGGCCAGGGCGUGGGCAUGGGCAUGGGGCCGGGCCAGGCCAAGCCGGGCCAGAUGGGACCAGCUGGUGGACCCAUGGGACAGGCGGGAAGGCAGACCGGACCGGCAGGAACAACACCGUCCCCCAUGGCGAAGAUCGACACUCCUCCGAUAACUGCCAUCGGAGCCAAGGCGGCGCCCGUCACGGCGACCAAAGCGGGCCAGCCCCCUCUCACCGGAAUAGGUUCUAAAGCAGCUCCCAGACCCGGAGGCAUCGGCAGCGCUGCCGCCGGUCAACCCGGAAUGGAAGGAGAAGGCAUGUUCUCCAAGAUCCUUCCAGGAGGAGCUGCCGAGCAGGCCGGAAAACUGGGAGAAGCUAUUUCCGGUUUUGGCAAGAAGUUCACCUCUUUCUUCUGAGGUGCGAAGAUUAAGGACUAUGUCAAUUUCUGCUGAUGAAGUCACAAGGCCUCGUACCAGAACAACCUGUAAAAUCGACCCUGUUUUUGUUCAAGUAAAAGAGAUUCAAGGAGAGGAGAGAGAAGAGGAGGGUGGGGAAGCAGCGAGGACGCCAGAGCACACUGCCAACGUGGACUGAAACCAGAGGACUCUUCACGUCUCAGGCCUGAGGACGACUGUCAGAGAGGACGACUGCUGCUCUCUGACAGGACAGACAAUCAUUCCAAGCCAUGUCCAUCGAUAGGAGGAAUGUCCAAUUCCAUUCUGCGUCUUCGACCAAAGAAAUCAGCACCACCCAACCCAACACCUCCAAGACCUGAGUCAGUUCCACACAGAGACGAAGGCAAAAAGAACCCAUCCUGUUCCCACCUCCAGCCACCAGAGGGAGCUGUCCUGACACCGCCGGAGAUCUGCACAGCUGUUGAAGACGAGCAGGACCGACGGAGGCUGUUUUCGACCAUCCACGUUGGAUUUAACUGGAGAAAAUGUUCUAACUACGUACGCUGAUGACGCCACCAUUUAUAUUGAAGUUGAUUUUUUGCUGCUAUGGAAACAGCAGCUUUACCGCAGGCAUGUCGGCGUCUGAGGAUCCUCAGUUCCACCGUCCUGUGCUCAGACUAGGGAUAAUACCCACAAACCACCUCUCUCUCCUCUUUUUUUAUGUCUUCUCAAAAGAAAAACAAACAGGAUACAGGUUUUUCUGGUACUAAAGACUCGGACACCCAUCCAGAUGAUGGAAAUGUCACAUUGAAUGAAUAAGACGAUGAUAACGACGUCAAACCACAAACACGUGGAGUGUGUUUGUGUCUUUCCACGGUUUCUAUCUACAUUCCAGUUCAGACCUGAGGAAACCUUCGCCUCCCCGACCCCUGCUCCUCUUCCUCACUUCUCUGCAUUUGUUGAAUGCUGAUUCCUUUUGACUUCAUCCCUCGCCAUAAAGAAGCAUAUAGCGGAUGUAAAAAAAAAAAAAAAAUAGGUAGGAGUUUGGAAUGCAUGGAACUUUAUAUCCAAGACCUUACACUGUUCAUCGAAACGUAACAGAGGCCAUAAAGACACUGGAAAACACAGCUUAGACCACGUUCACAAUAACGGAUGCGUUUUCCCAGAGGAGAAACAGGAAGCAACACGGGAAUCUGGGAUUAAAAGGAGCUUUUACGGAAACAAAACGAGGCUCUGUUUGGAAUAAAGCCGUCGGGGUUGUUUUUCAGCCAUUUCAAAGCCAUUAAGACAACGUUUACCUGCAGUGCUUGUGGUGACGCGUUUCUCCACAACAUUUGGCUCUCGCAUAUUUUUCACGUCGUUGGUGGUUUUUCAUCUACUGUCUUUAUUUUUUUACUCUUAGUUUUCUUAGGUUUUUUUACGUUACAGGUCGCUGAUAUCGCCUUAAUCAUUUGUAAAAUGUUUUGAUUUGACGUUGAAGUGACGUAUUUUCUACAAAUUCAUAUUUUCAUCUCACUUUUUUUUUAUGUAAAACUCUGAGCUGGAACACUGGCCACAGUGAGAUUACUUUAUAUUUUUGAGGAUUUAUUUUUCAUUAGUUUUAUGUUUUGUAUGUUUUGUUACCUCCAUCGCGCCCCCCUGUCGAUUUUUUCUGACUUAAAAUCAAUAAUUAUAAAAGCAAUAGAGUAAGAAAACGAAAGUAAAGAGCACAAUCUUGUGUCAUGUGAAAAGUCGGUGGAAGAGAAAUGUGUUGCCUCCGUUUGUCGAACUCACCGCCGACGUACCGCUGAAGUGUGACUUACUACAACACGUUCGACCGCCGUACGAACACGUCAGAGAUUCAAUGCCGCUUGGGUACCGCCCAGAUCUUCCCCCCGGCUGACGCCGACGUGGAUAAUCAGCCGGCGAUGGCAGUGGAGCGCCGGACACUGCAGAGGGCAGCAGAGAGGCACUGAAAAGCAGACCAGUCCCACCUCGCCGCAGAACUGGACCCGGCGUCGUCACCUCCGGGGGUCCGGGUCUCGACGCAGGAGCUCCUCCCCCACUCGCCGCCGCGUUUCAGCAUGUGUCUUCACUUUGUCGAGAUGUGCACAAGCGCACGUGAAAGCACACGAAACGGUGUCGAAAAAGAGAGAAAAAAAACACACAACCACGUGACUGAGGAACCAAAAACCCCACCUGGUCGAUCACAGAGUCACUCGCCUUUUUUUUACGUUUCAUUUUCUAUCGUGGUGGCGUCCGGACCUGCGACCCGACCCCCCCCGAACCUCUCUAUCUUGCUCUCAAGACUGUCAGUUGUCAUGGAAACUUCUCAGGUCAGUGUUCUCCCUGCUGUUGCUCCUGCAGUGCAUUGUGGGAUCUGCGGUUCGGUACUCUAAACGUACUGUCGGGCCAAAAAAAAAAAAAAAAUAGCGAGGCCUUCAGCAAAACCAACCAACUUCUGCUGUAUAUUGUCUUUGUGUGAACGCUCGCUGGGAACCUUCGCAUGCUGCCCGGCGCAGAAAACCUCAAAGGGUCACCUCGAUAUUGUUCUGUUCCUGUUUGUACGUGUGUGUGUGUGUGGGGGUUGUGUAUGCGUGUAUUUAACGACAUUCAUCCGAUGUGGAAACAGAAAAACACCGUUCAACCACAAACUCAUUUGGUGGCAGACGAGGCGACCUCUCAUCUCCAGUUGUUCUAUGCAAUGAAUCCGAAACGCGAGAAGGAAACGGGAAGUGAAACUCAAACGGGGGGAAAGAAUCCACCACCAUCGCUAAAUUCACAGGAGUUUUACUGCUUUGCUCUGACAUUUCCUCGUAGAUAGAAAUAAGAGUUUGUGCGUUAAACAUGGCCUGUAGAGGUGGAAACCCGCUGUGUUCAGGGUCCUCCGGCCUCUGCAGACACGGUGCGUUCAGGAAAGCCGGGAAACGACAGCUUCACGGGGAUUAAUAAGACGACGAGGGCGACUAAAUGGGAAACCAUUUGGAUUGAAUGAAUGUGUUCAUGAGAAGGACACCGAGGUUACGUCUGCCAUGUCAUCUGAUGUUAAAUUAUUUUCACAAAGUUGAUGAAUAUUCUCACUAAAUUUCCUAUUAUUUUGUAAAAAAGAAAAAAAAAAAUCAUAUUUUUACCCAAUUUUUUAAAGAAUUUACCAAAUUUCUUGUUCAUAUCAUUAUUUUGACCAAGUUUUUCAUUAUGCUGAGUAACCUAAGUGUCAGAAAUGGGCUUCCAUACACUUAUUGAAUCAUGAAGACAUGACUUAUCAUAGUAAGUAGUUUUUUUUUAUGAAAUGGUCUGUAAUAGAAUGGGAUUCCUGUUUGUUUUUUGUUUGUUUGUUUUUUUUAGGAAAAGUCUUCAUCAUAAUGAACAAAACAUUGGAUCUCUGCUCUGAAACUUUCAGACAUUGGAGGAAACCUCAGCAUCUUAUUCAAAGAAAAUAGAAGAAGAAGAGGCGUAAAAUCCCAGUUGUCCUGAACGCAUCGUGGCCACAUUGAAUCAGAGGUUAAAGAACCAAUUAAUGUAGAAAAAUGAGUCUAAAUAAGUGUAUAAACAUAGAAACAGAGUAUAUAGAAGAGUUUGUAUCUGCUCAGGGGUGAAGAAGAAGAAAAGAAGAAGCUCCUCUUUAUUUAUUUAUUUAUUCAUUAUUUAUUUAUGUAUUCAUUUAUUUAUUUAUUUGGCUCAUGCUUCACUCUGAUUGGCCGUCUGAAUGUGCACAGAGAAAUAUUUAAAGACGAAAGGUUAAAAUACAGAUAUUAGAGAUCCGAUUAUAAUAGAAUAGAAUAUAUUUACGUAGAUGAAACAGAUGAUUUAAACCAAACACUUUACUCAACGAGUCUCAGCGAGUGGAGACAGAAUUUAUUUUUUACCAGACAUCUAUGAGAUGAUUUAUCUAUUUGAGAAUUUAUUUUAUCAUAACGGAGAGAGAGGAGACGAAGCGGAAGAGAUUUAAGGUUCAAAAUCUAUCAGAUACAGAGAAAAGAAUUAUGUGUUUAUGAGAUUUUUAUCCGACGUGGAUUGGAACACGUCCACGAUAAUCAGAGGAACACGAACUGCACGAGGCUGAAAGGGACGGAAACGGCUGCUUUUGUGUCGGAGGUUAGAGGUUGAAAGUGUCUAAAGUCAGAGUUCGAGGUGUGUGUUUUUUUCCAGUGCAGCUGCAGGACGACGUCUGCUUAUCGUGGUUUUGUCUGAAUCCGGUCGAUUUGCUUCUAGUCUGAACAUCAGAGGAGAGAUCACACUGCCGCCAGAUCAGCCACGUCACCUGUCCGACGAUAAAGCUCCGACCUGACGAAAAAGUUCAGAGUCACCGACCUACGCCGACUUCCUCUAGUGUAUGUCGUAUGUUUUUGGAGGUUUGUAGAAAAAGAAAACGUUCAAUAAAAUGUUCCUCAAUCACUUUUGCCUCAGGAAAGCACACACUAAACGCAGCAGUGCAACGUUCAGAGACGGAAGCUGAGGAGGGAAGGUGCGUUUCAACACAGAUGGCCACGAAGACGCAAGUACCAACCUGUGUCAGAAUGUGUAAACAAAACGACUGUGUGUCUGUUCGCUUCUGUGUAAAUGCAGCCGCUGAAGGUGACUUAAAUAUGCAUAGCAGCAAGGGCUUUUAUACUCCAAUACUGGUCUGUGAAGAAAGCCAUCCUGUUACUGCCCUCUAGCCAGUCUGGGCUCUGUCUAUACUCUGCACGGGCUCCGUCUAUCACCUGGAGCCGCCACAGUCCAGACCCGCGGCGGCUCGAGGCCUCGUCGUCUGGGUUUUAGAAACGAAACGCAAAGCAGAAGUCACACGUGCAAUAAAGAACGGGAGGCCGAAAGACACGACUAAAAUAUCUGAGGCCGAGCAAUAAAACAGUUCAUUUAUGUUUAUUUAUGUGGUUUUAGUUGGUUUGUGUCUGUAGAGCUGUUACACAGAGAUAACU